CUUAACGAUAUUACGUGCGCAGAUAAGGUGAAAUUGAGUGUUUUGCGUGACGUAGAAUAAGCCCCUCUAAACGGUGGAUGUUGUCUGCCCGAGGAUGAACUUGCUAAUGCUAACCAUUAGCAAGCAGGCCUAGCUUUAGAUAGAUGCUGUGGGUGACCGCGUACCUGCGUGAAAUCGUAUCGAUACUAUCCAGAACGGCGAGUGUGUGAAGAGGGGCAUCUGUGUCUAUUAACUUACACAAGAAACUUGUCGUCGCAGCUGGCUCUACAGGUCUAGUGGGUACACGUAGCUAGUUAGCUAAUGCUAGCUUGCGAGUCAUAAAACAAGCGAACAUUAGCGUUAGCCAGUCCAAUUUGCAUACAACCCAGCAGCGUUUACCCAGACAGUGAUGUUCGUCUUAUCAAUCUAAUAACCCUGUCCGUGAUCUGAAAACAUUUGAAGUCGACGUGUAUAUUAAUUUGGCUGCAAUAUGCAGUUAUGAGUGAACAUCGUUGAACUGGUCAUACCUUGUAGGUGUUUGAUCAGUAGCGGUGAUCAUGGGGAUCAAGGUUCAGCGUACUCGCUGCUUCCUUGACAUCGGAAUCAGUAAUGUGCUCGUCGGCAGAGUCGUGGUGGAGCUCUUCUCAGACAUCUGCCCCAAAACUUGUGAAAACUUCAGAUGUCUCUGCACAGGUGAGAAAGGCAUUGGCAAAGGAACUCAGAAACCCCUGCAUUACAAAGGAUGUCUCUUCCAUCGAAUUGUGAAAGACUUCAUGAUUCAAGGAGGAGACUUCAGUGAAGGAAAUGGAAGAGGAGGCGAAUCCAUCUAUGGAGGCUUUUUUGAAGAUGAAAGUUUUGCAAUUAAACACAACAAGGAGUAUCUGCUGUCUAUGGCCAAUCGGGGCAAAGAUACAAAUGGAUCACAGUUUUUCAUAACAACAAAGCCCUCGCCCCAUCUGGAUGGUGUCCACGUGGUUUUUGGUCAUGUGAUUUCUGGCCAAGAGGUCGUUCAAACUAUGGAGAGCCAGAAAACAGACCCUAACAGCAGGCCGUAUGCUGAUGUGAAAGUUAUGAACUGUGGAGAGCUCGUCCCUAAAUCUAAAGCAAAAAAAGAGGAAAAAAAGAGAGAGCGAGCAUCUUCCAGCUCCAGCAGCAGCUCCAGCGACUCUGAGAGCUCAUCUGAGUCCUCCUCUGAGGAAUCAGAGAAGGAAUCAAAGAAGAAGAAAAAGAAGGCAAAAAAGCUGAAAAAGAAAAAGAAGAAGGAAAAGAAAAGGUCAGAGGCUGAAAGUGCUGAAGAAAAAGAACAAGAAGAGGUGGUUACAUCUACUGUACGUCCUGAAGAAAUCCCACCCAUCCCAGAGAAUCGAUUCCUCAUGAGGAGGAGCCCCCAGGCAGUCCAGAAGUCAAACGAGGAUGCUGAAAAGGAUCAGCGAAAUAAAGAGGAAAGGCCAAGAGAGAGUACUGGCUCAACAUAUAAUACUCAGUCAUCAUAUCACAGAAGACUGGUGAUGACACGAUCUGGGAGGAAGAUAAAAGGCAGGGGUCCAAGGUGGUACCGGACUCCAUCACGCUCUCGUUCAAGAUCCAGAGAUCGCUUCCGGCGUAGUGAAACUCCUCCACGCUGGCGUCAGGAGAUGCACCGUCAGAGGAUGAGGGCAGUCACUGGAGAGCGCUGGAUCAAGGGUGACAAAGGUGACAUGAAUGACGACAAGGGUGAGGCUGCUAAAGCUCCAAGAAGAGAGAGGCGCACCUCUGAAAACCCAGCUGAGGGUAAAAAGGAAAAGAAAACUCGGUCACACAGAUCCAAAAGCAAAGAGGAGGACACUGCUGAGAAGGAUGAGAAGCAAAGUAAACACAAGGCAAAGAAAAGAGAUAAAUCUCAAAGCCGCAGCAAAAGCAGAGACAAGAGGAGGAGGUCAAAAAGCCGAGAGAAGGAUCACAAGCAUAAAAGUGAUGACAAAAGAGGUCGCUCAAAGAGCAAAGAUCGAGAUGCUACAAAGAAAGAGAAGGAGUCUGAAUCUGAUCAUAGUAAAGAUAGAAAUAAAGGUCACGAGUCUGAUAAAAAGCAUAGGGAAGACACCAAAGGAAGAAAUGGUGAGAGAACUCGGACAAAGUCACGAAGCAAGGAAAGAACAACCACAAAAGACGGGCACAGAUCUGAUAGCAGGAACAGGGAUAGGAGUAGACCUGCAGUUUCAAAAGACAAAGAAGAAAGACGAGACAAAGACAGGGGCAGAGAGCGAAGCAGGAGUCAGGACAGACGACACAACAGUGAAAGGGACAAUAAGAAGCGUGGAACAUCCAGGGAUAAGGACCACCGGACAAGAAGUCCAGACAGAAACAAGCCGAGAGACUCGCACAGAAGCAGGCGCUCCAGAAGCAAGAGCAACAAGAGAGACCACAGCAAAGAUCGGUCGUCUCAUAGAAAGGACAGAGACAGAGACACUGCCAACCAAAGGAGAAGACGCAGCAGCAGCUCGGAGAGCGAUAGAGACAAGAAGAGGAAGAGUCAGAAGAGCCCAGAUUCCAGACGAAACAGAGGGAGUAGUACCUCCAGGUCCAAAGACAGACGAAGUCCAUCUAAACCAAGACCAGAUAGUACGAAAGGCAGAGACAGAAACGACAGCAAGAGGGAUAAAUCAAGCUCUAGCUCCAGCUCUGACAGCGACUGAUGAUAAGGGAGCUUUCAAGUCCCUAUUUUAUACCCACUACCCAUGUUGUGUGCAACACCAGCUUUCCAUCUAAAGAAGGACUUAUUCACGAUUCUCAUUCAGUGCAAAAAAAACUCAGCCAAAACUAACUUGAAGUAGAAAAAAAAGGAAAUUGCAACAGAUGCUGGAGAAGAGAAAACAUUGUAAUGACAGAGUUGUAGCAUCAUGUGAGCUUUGGCUAAAAUUUGAUUUGUCACUGAAUGGAAGCUGUUGAUUUGUCCCCCUUCAAGUGUGUUACACUGCUGAUGGGGAGCUGAGGCUGCAUGGUCGGUUUAGAAAAAAGGUGAAGACUUUCUUUUAACUGUAGAUGACCAGAGAAAGAGGAAGUCAAAGGUUUGAAGGCUUUUUUUUGUUUGUUUCUUGUGGAUUCUUUUGUAAAUUAUAUUUUGGCUUUACGAAAAGUUAUCUUUUCAGACUGUUUGUAAAAAGCAGAUUCAAGGUUUUACUGCAACAAAAUUAAUUCAAGUGUCUUUAUUUCCCCCACAAGGACAUUUUCUCCUGAAAUUUGAUUUGAUGUUAUUAAACACAGUUGUGAGGACCGUGUCUGAGUUUGGCAAAUGUCUGAUGUUCACCUGUCAGCUUAUUUUUACUACAGCAAUCAGACUGAAAGUGAACAUUGAUCAUUUCUUGCAUGCUGAUCCCUGCCAUAAUUAGAUAAAUGAUGUACCUUUUUUAAUGUACAUCCACAACCUUUUACUGUAAUUUUAUUUGUUGACCAGUUUUGAGAUACCUCUGGUUUGUUUUUUUGUUUUUUUUUGGAAUGGGUAAUGUGUCAAUGUCAUGCUGUAAGUACAACAUAAAAUCAAUUUGUAUAAAUUGUGUUUUGUGCAAGUUGGUUUUAAGAACUUGACUGCCAUGUAGAACGAAUUAAAAGGCUCAACUUUGAUUUUAA